AUGCUCUCCGCCUUCAAACCGCGACCGCUCGUCGAACUCAAACAACGCGACAAAUCCAAGAUCGAAUCCAUUCUCGCAUACGGCGACCGCUUACUUGUUGGACUGAACAAUGGGAGUCUUAGGGUAUAUAGGGUCAAUGAAGCCGUUAAUGAACAUGCCGGAAAUGGCGAAGGGAAUAGGAAUGGACAUACCCCCAACCCCGUCGCGAAGGACGAGAGUCAACAGCAACAGCAGCAAGAAGCAUCUACGGUGAACUUAGUCGAUUUACUACGCGAACAAGAGAAAUUUACGAGGUACAAAGCUGAGCAACUCGCUUUCAUCAAGGAAGCGAAUAUACUAGUUGUGUUGUCAGGUGGUUAUGUUUCUCUACACGAUUUGCAGAGCUAUGAGUUGCAAGAACAGCUUGCCAAAACCAAAGGAGCGAGCACCUUUGCUGUGACGUCGAAUGUCAUUAAUGACGUGGAGACUGAUUUGCCGUCGAUAGUGUCUCGACUGGCUGUGGCUGUGAAACGCAAGAUCCUUCUCUGGACCUGGAAGGACAUGGAAUUAGCUCCCGAUGUGACAGAGAUUACUCUUGUCAGCGGGAUAAAGACAUUGACUUGGAUAUCCAGCACAAAAUUAAUAGUGGGAUUGGGCUCAAACUAUGUCUUGGUCAACAUCGAAACUAAGGAAUUAAGCGACAUUGUUGGACCCGGGAGUAUCGGCGGUGGACCUGGGCAGGAAUCAAGUCGACUCGGCGGCGUCGGAGUAGCUAGUAUGAGCUACAUUGGAAUGGGAGGAAUGGUGCCAAAACCGCUCGCAACCCGACUGAGUGAAGGUCAAGUGCUUCUGGCCAAGGAUAUCAACACUCAUUUCAUCGAUAUUGAUGGCAAGUCUUUGGGCAAACGACAAAUACCGUGGACUACCGCUCCCGAAGCUCUUGGAUAUUCGUAUCCGUAUCUUUUGGCGCUGCAGGAACCUUCUAAAGGGACACUCGAAGUUCGGAAUCCAGAUACAUUGUCUCUUUUGCAGUCGAUAUCUCUACCAUCUGCCAGUUUGCUUCAUAUGCCGCAUCCUAAUAUCAGUUUGGCGCAUGCCGGGAAAGGAUUUUUGGUAGCCAGCGAUCGGGUUAUUUGGAGGAUGGAAUCUCUGAGUUAUGAUGACCAGAUUGAUGCACUGAUUGAAAAUGGGUAUCUGGACGAGGCGAUAAGUCUCCUCAAUAUGCUCGAAGAUGCUCUUUUGAAAGAUAAAGCAGGCCGAUUACGUGAGGCUCAAUUUCAAAAGGCGCAGAAACUGUUCGAUCUCAGAAAGUACCGUGAUUCUCUCGACCUGUUUGCGGAAGUCUCGGUGCCUCCUGAGGUUGUUAUCAAGCUAUAUCCGAAGGUUAUUGCAGGUGUUUUAUCGACUCUUGAAGAGGAUUCGGAUCAAACUGAUGAGGAAGAGCCUACUACGCCAAAGGGUCAGAAUGGGUUGCAGACCGACACAGACGGACCCGCUGUAGACGUUGCGUCCCCUGCUAAAGCUUCUAUCUAUGCGCCUUCGCUCACUUCGUUUCUUCGUACCAAAGGAGACGAAGGGAGUGAUGACGGUAGCGUUCGCGGCAAGUCAAGUGAAAUCCUAGAGACAGAUAAGAAACUUGAAGGCAAAGAUCUUAAAAAUGCAGUACGUGAGUUACAAGGUUAUCUAGCAGACGUCAGACGCCGAUUUCAGAGGUUUAUCAAUCCAGACGGCACACUGCGUACCGAAUCCUUCCAUCAAGACGGCGCAAAUGAUGAAUUUCUACAGUCUGUGCGGAUGCUACUCGGUCUUUCGCAAGAUGCUGAAGACGUGGAGUUCGGGGACCGUCUUCGUGAAAGUGCCAAAUUGGUCGACACAACACUCUUCAGAGCUCAUAUGUACGCUACGCCUAGUCUAGCUGGGUCGCUGUUCCGAAUCGCCAAUUUCUGUGAUCCAGACGUGGUUAUGGAAAAGUUGGAAGAACACGGCCGCGAUACUGAGUUGAUUGACUUUUACUAUGGCAAGAAGAUGCAUCGCCGGGCGCUAGAAUUACUACUUAAAUUUGGUCAGGCAGAGGUGAAAGAUGAAGAAGAAGAAGAAGAGGAAAAUCCUACACUAGCACAACUUCGCGGUCCGAAACGUACCAUUGCUUAUCUACAGCAUCUUUCUCCAGAGUACACUGAUCUCAUUCUCGAGUUUGCAGAAUGGCCUUUACGGGAAGAGCCCGAGCUCGGCAUGGAUGUCUUCCUGGCUGAUACGGAGAAUGCCGAGACGCUUCCGCGACAUCAGGUUGAAGAAUUCCUCGAGAAGAUUGAUGUCGCACUCGCGAUUCGUUAUUUGGAACAUGUUAUCGACGAGUUGAACGAUCUGAGUCCUGAUUUACAUCAGAGACUAUUGCAUCUCUACUUGGAACGACUGAAAAGUUACGAGAAGACUUGCGAAGAAGACGAGGAAACAUAUACGUUAUGGCAGGCAAAAUUCUUGGAGUUCCUAAAGUCCAGCUCUCAGUAUUCACCGGCAAAGAUGUUGAAUCUUUUGCCUCGCGAAGAUCCCAAUUUCUACGAGGCUAGGGCGAUUGUGUUUAGCAAGAUGGGUCAGCACCGACAGGCGUUGGAGAUUUAUGUUUUUAAAUUGAAGGAGCAUGAAAAGGCAGAAGAGUAUUGCAAUCACAUCCACAUCACAGAGGAAACGAGCGCGGCUGAGGUGGCUCCAUCCCAACGUCUAGCGCCCACAGACGCCGACAACACCAAACCGACAAUCUAUCUGACAUUGCUGUCUCUGUACCUCUCCCCUCCACACGAUUACAAACCGCAAUACGGUCCAGCAUUGGAUAUCCUCGCCAAACACGGGUCUAGACUACCCGCGAACUCAACACUCGACCUCAUCCCCGAAGACAUUGCCGUACGAGAACUCGAAUUCUACUUCCGCAACCGAAUCCGUGCCGCCAGCUCAAUUGUGAAUGAGGCCCGUAUCGUCGCUAAUCUGCAGAAAGUGCAGAAUAUCAAAACACAAGCCCAACUUUUGGUUGGAGAAGGCCUUCCGAACGAGAAUAAAGCGCGCAGUCGACAUGUGACGAUCACGGAUGAUCGCGCAUGCGGAAUUUGUUAUAAGAGAUUGGGCGGGAGCGUUAUUAGUGUUUUCCCAGAUAAUACCGUCGUUCAUCUCGGGUGCGCAAAUCGAAUGACGUCGAAUUAA